AUGGAAGAUGCUGGGGCCCCCCYGCUCUGCUUCCCCAGCCUGAACUCCUCCUGCAGGCAUCUGCUGCGGCGGCCCCGCUCCGAGGCUGCUCUUCUCUACACUCUGCUGGCCUCCGUCUCUCUGCUCACCGUGACACUCAACCUGCUUGUCAUCAUCUCCAUCUCUCACUUCAGGCAGCUCCACACCCCGACCAACUCCCUGCUCCUGUCUCUGGCCGUGUCCGACCUGGUGGUGGGGCUGCUGGCGAUGCCCAUCGAGGGCCUGCGUCACAUGGAGACAUGUUGGCUUGACUUCUUCUUCACCUUUGUCGGGCCCUGUACUGUCAUGGUGGUUCUGUACGUGCGGGUGUUUGUGGUUGCUAUUUCUCAAGUGCGUUUAAUUCAGGCACACACUGCUGCUGCUAAUGCGAGAUCAGGUAMAAMUGCAAAGAUCUCAGAGAGGAAAGCAGCCAGGACUCUCGGGAUUGUGAUAGCUGUGUUUCUAAUGUGCUUCUGCCCAUAUUACUAUCCCUCUCUUGCAGGUCAGAACACUUCAAAUAACUUUUCAUACUUUGCUGUUCUGUCUUGGAUCAUGUUAAUGAACUCCUGCAUGAACCCUCUG